GUUAAAAAAAUUCUCUUUUUUAAAGAAUACUUACGUGCUUAUUGCUGCCUUUACACGAUUGUGCUAAUUUUGCCAACAACGUGAACUUGAGACGAGUCCUACGCUAGCGACGUCCGACGUCGAUCGUGAGAAGUUCGCCUCACCCGUUCGGCGUUUCCGUGGUUGUGUGGGAUUCCGAAGUUUAUUUUGGACAGUUCGUAAACAUUCGAAAAAAGACUCGUGCAGCUCCCGCCGCUCGCGUCCGCUAACAUGAAACAUGCAAAGGGCCGGACAGCCUCAAGUUUAGUCAUCGUGCAUUAAUGGAUGUAUCAGAUGCGGACUUUGACUCGUACUGGGAGAAUGAGUCUCGCAACAACAACCGCAACCGCAUUCGAGUAGGUCGGCAGUACCAGGCCACUGUGCCUCCACUGCUGAGGCCAGGGGAGAGUGAUGGGCGUCGCCUGGAAGACUUGGAGACGCUCCGGUGGCGGCCCGAGAGCCUGUCGGAGCAGAGCAUCGAAGAGUACCUGUCUAUGGCCAAGGCGGUGAGCCUUUUUGCCCGCGCCAUGAACAAGUGGGGCCCCGAAGGAGGCGGAGGACCCGAGUGCCUGCAGACGGCACUGCGGGGACUCUCAGAUUUCGUGGCCUCGCACCACGGCUGCCAACAGGAUGCGGGCUGCCGCGUGGCCCAACCCCCACCACCAACGUGGACAUCCGCCGAGGCGGGCUUGUUCGCUCGCGCCCUGGACGAAUGUGGGAAGAACUUCGGCGCCAUCAAGAAGGACUUUCUGCCCUGGAAACCGGUGAAAAGCUUGAUUGAGUUCUACUACCAGGGGCGCCAUCCCAAGCAGGAACCACAAGAGGAUGGAGAGGAUGACGAGGGCGCCGCCGGCUGCAGCGGAGGAGGCCACUGUUCUACUGCCAAUUGUGUCAAGAAGGAGCCCGAGGUGAAACCCGAGCCUCUGGACGAGGACGAGGAGGAGCUGCCGGCGGCCGAGGAGGCCCCCGCAACUUCCCCUGUAGGCGAAGGAGGAGGCGGGGGUGGCGAAGAGACCCGUGUGUCCCCAUCAGGUCCUGAGGUGAAGCCCAUGCGGGCCAAGCCCUUGAAAGCACCCGAAGACGCCGCCUCGGUGGCACCCGUUGGAUCGCUCAAGUUUUUUCUGGGGGGUCGGCUGGUGCUGAAGUUGAGCGCCCAGGAAGGGGGCUCCUGGGUUGAGGCCCAGGACACCCCGCGGUUGGGGCGUCCACGCCAGCCCCCCUCGGAAGAUGCGAGCGACGACGACGACGGUGCACCAGGGACGUCCUCUGGUGCAGGAGGCGGGGCUACACCACCACUCAGAGGCAGUUCCAGGUGCACGUCAUGGCCAGAGACGGCCCCCCUGACACCUUCAGGAAGCCUGGCAACGACGAGGAUGGCGACGCCCGAGGACAGCACCUCAGGGGGUUGUAACAACACGAACAACAGCACGGAAGAUGAAGAUGCAGGCGACGACGACAGCAACCAACAGCGGCCCCCAUCAGCCACCAGGGCUGCAGCUUCGCCCAAGUGCCCGCCUCAGGCGCCCCCUCUAGGCCCCCCUCCACCCCUGAAUUUGACCCUACGUCCCCCAGCACCACCUAGGACCCAGAGCGCCUCCUCACCGCCACCACUGUUGAUGCCGCAGGGGUCGCCGCUCGCCGACGGCUGCGUGGAGCGUUGCCGCCCCAACUGGCGUGGUGGCCGGCCUGCCGGAGUGCCUUUCCUGGCGCCCCUGUUCACUACCAGCACCGCCUCACCCCUGGUGACACCGGUUGCCACUGGCACUGCAGUUGAUGGCCCGCUGGACCUGUCUUCCCCGGUGGACACUAAGAAGCUGGUGCCAAAGUGACCUGCAAACAAACACAUGGUGGCAACAUGUGCAAUGACUCCUCGCGAAACCGUGUACAUACAGCCUUUCUUUCCUAUUUAUUGGCCGACCAGUUGGCAGGCCGGGCAACAAGCAACAACUGGCACUUCUCACCUGAGAAGCGCCUCCCUCCCCUCUUUCCUUUGGCCCCCAUUUUUUAUGUGUGUGUGUGUGUGUGUGUGUGUGUGUGGUGUAUGUGUGUGUGUGUGUGUGUAUGUAUGUGCCCAAGGUUCCUAGCAGGUUUUUUGUAAGUAGGCAUUCAGAGCACAAGCAGGUCUAGGUACAAGCAACCAGUGAAAAAAUUAUAUAUAAUAAAGUUCCUGCUGUCUGAAUGGA